AUGUCUUCUAUCACAGAAAACAAGAAGAAGCUCAAAGAUUUGAGGAAAACGGUACUUGAUCUGAUCGAAUUCUGUACUGGGUGGAUUUAUGUAGCUAAACCCUCAAACUGGAGACAUUUAACUUUGGAAAUAUCACACCUCAAUCACAGUCUCCAGUUCAUCGAGCAGCAACUUCCUUUGCCAAGAGACGAUUUUGUUAAGCAAUUGGGUGAACUCGAAGAGGAGACUGAAAAACUCAUCAAACUCAUUCGGGAAAGUUUGAACCAAAGACAGGUCUGA